UGCUGGCAGCUCUUACAAGGGAGGCUGGAGCCACGCCACGUCGCCGGCACCUGGUCAGGGCUAUGGAAGCAGCUUAUCAAAGACAGCACUGGACACGCACAGCCAUCUCAGGCAGCCUGAUCCCUACCAAAUGUUCGGGGCGACGAGCAGUCGGCUCGCGAGCUCUGGUUCCGGACAGAUACAGCUUUGGCAGUUUCUACUCGAGCUUCUGUCGGACUCAAGUAACGCCGCGUGCAUCACGUGGGAAGGAACCAAUGGCGAAUUCAAGUUGACCGAUCCCGACGAGGUGGCGAGACGAUGGGGCGAGAGAAAGUCCAAGCCUAAUAUGAAUUACGACAAAUUGUCGAGGGCUUUGAGGUACUACUACGACAAGAACAUCAUGACGAAGGUGCACGGCAAGAGGUACGCGUACAAGUUCGAUUUUCAAGGGCUGGCAGCCGCGACGCAGCCGGCGGCGGCCGAUCCGGCGGCGUACAAAUACCAGAGCGAGUUGUUCAUGUCCGGUUACGGCCACGCCAAGCUGAACCUGAUGCCACCGCCGGCGGCGUCGGUCUCGGUUUCCGUUCCCGGCGGCCUAUUCCAAUCGGCGUCGAGCUACUGGUCGACGAGCCCGGGCGCCAACUUGUAUGCCGGCCAUCACACGGCCUCCGGACACGUGCCACCUCAUCUCGGCACCUACCCACAUUACGCAUGACCCGCCGCCGAGCACUGGGGUGCCCUGGGUACGCCGCGUUGAAACGUUUCUACUGAAAAAGUACGGAGUCGCAUUCGCCACCGUCGCCGUUGCCGUUGCCGUCGCCGUCACCACCGCCGUCGGCGGCAUCAUGAAAUCGUAAAUUGCGCACCACUCGGCCCCUUAUCCCGCCCCCCCGCAGGCUCGGAAGGCACGUUGUUUCAGGUACUUGCACGAAUCUGUCCAUACCGCGUACUUGUUUGCAACAUUAUCCAUUCGUAUAACGGAUUUCAAAGCAACCGUCACAUUUCUAACUCCAAAUGAAUGAGAGUAGCAGAGGAAGCGAUUAAGUUUUGUAGCGUCUUUUUCUCCUACACUUGGAGAAGCAUAAUUAAAUAUGCAACCAAUAUGUUGUCUGUUACAUUUAAUAUAUAUCUCGUUUUGAUAGCGUUCGAUAACACUCAGUAAUUGGUCAUUUAAUAGACUAUCUCUUGACUGUGCGUCAAAAAUAUCGAGUAAUAUUUUUAAAAACAGAGACUCAAUAUCGAAUUUCUUAUAAAUUUAAAGCUGAAGAAUUUAUGAAAUUGUUGAAAAAUAUUUGCAGAAGGAAGAAACAAUGGCGCGUAUUGUCUCAAAGUGAUACAAACAUUUAUUGAGUUGAAAGAACUUUCAACUGACAUCUCUACCGGUAACGCAUUUCAAUUGAAGAGUUUCAAGAGUGCUUCUAAACAUGGAAACAUGAGAUGUUUAUAACGUGUAGGAGAAACUUUGAAAAAGAGAUAACAUUAAUUUAAAUGAGUGGGUUGCAUUCUAACUAAAUUUUCGUCGACCAACUUAAAUGCCAAGGCCAUGUAUGCGUAUAUUUUUUAAUAUGCAUCUGGAUUAUUAAAAAUUCAAGUGUUGCACUCGCAGAUAUAUUUCUAUUGAAUUUAAAGGAAGUACAGACAUUUACACUGACCAACCCUAACGAGUAGUUACGUACAAUUGUAGGUCACUGUCGGGUCGCAAGUAGUCACAUAGCUUUACGAUCGAACGUAAGUAGUAACGGACGACAAUCACGUGAGUAGUAACGACAAGCAACAGACACAGGACAUCCGUUCAACGGCGCAUAUAGAAUUCAUUUAAAAAACGCGUAUUAUUUUUAUUAAAAAAACUUUAAACAACUUUGUGAUCAUUAAAGUUAUAGAACAGAUGGAAAAAUUUAAUGAAGAAAAAGAUUUUUCUAAAUAUUUAUCCAAGUAGCAGCCUUUUCAAUUUUAACAUAAUAUUCACAUAAUGCCGCGCUUUCUUCGCAUUUAUUUGUUAAGUAAUUAAAACAAUGAGACAUGCAUAUUUACGUGAGGAACGUAAUUAAUAUAAUCACAAGACACGUCUGGACAGAUUAAACAUCGAAAUUAUGCGACACGGUCGUUCGAACAAAGUGUGCAAUAAAUAAACCUGAACAAGGCACCGUCGCAAUUUUUUUCGGUGCAAUACCUAAACAACGCGUCGCAAUCAGUGAUCAUUUUUGCGCCGCCUGUGUACAGAGAGGCGACCCUACGUAAUUAUUAUUACACUACGGACUCUGAUUCGCGGCCGACGGGAUGCGCUCAGAAAAGAAAAAAAAGAUUAUUGUAAGAACGUUGUACAUACAGUAUAAUGCAUUACGUUAGUACAGGGUGUGCGUCCGUGAGAAAAUUCGCAUGAAUCUGUUUACCGUUAUCGUGUUGCCGUAACGAAAAAAACGCGCAUCCUUGGAAGAAUCUUAUCAAUUCGACAGAGCCUGCGUUUAAGAUAAACGUCAGCCUCAAAAAUUCUUCGCCAAAUAUCUAUACCAAAGAAAACUUAGCUUUCUUAUGGUUUGCAGGUAGUAUGUUAAGUGACAAAACAUGUAAUUUAAAACUUGUUACAUAUAUAAACGUUGUUUCUCUAAUAUUCAUUUUCCAUUCUUCGACGUCGUUUGCCAUCUUAUCUAGUCAUGCAUUUAAUGUUUUAAUUUUCUUUUUAUCGAAAUGCGCAUCGAUAUCAUUUGCGAAGAUAUUAGCCUAAGAGCAAAGCAUAUAAUAAUCGCAUGACGGUAAAUUGAACAUGCGAAAUCGUCUGGUCCAAGGGAACGUGAACUCGUACGCGAAAUCAGAAGCCGACAAAAUUCCACCGAGCAUCGUCGGCGUUUACAAUUUUGGAUUAAAUCGGGCGUGUGUACAUUAAAACGCAAAACCUGUCAUCGUGUUUCGCUCGAUAAUGACGAUAACACAAUUUCAAACGAGGUAUCGCGGUACUUCGUUCCGCAGAAUGUACUCAUGUUCGAUUUAGGCCAAAGCUAAUACGCGUGUAUCAUAAACUCUUUUAACUUAUUUGUUACGUGAAGAAAUGGGUAGAGACGCUACAUAGGAACAAAUCGAGCGAUGGGCGUGCGAGAAACUAUCAUCGAACGCAUAAUAUUUGUACAACUAUUCGUCAGCAUAUGGUCGGUGCUUGCUUAAGUGUGAAUCGCUCGUUCCUUUAACGUAAUUUUACAACGAAACCGCGUUAACCGUAUAUUCUCAUCAUCCGUCACAUCGAGAGAGGUAGACGAUAAUCAAAAAGUACAACGUUUAAGUCAUAUCAAUUGACGGCACACGCAAAUCAGAAUCGAACUUUCACCCCCAUCCUUUUUAGAAUCGCGUGAAAUAUGUGGCCGCUCUACCCAUGUCGAGACGAAGGACGGAUUGCCGAAACUGUAUUCGAUCCUGAUCAGACAGCGCAUACAGAUUCGUACUUCGGAACAAAGACCAUCGUAUUGAAUCGCAUAAAUAAUAAUUUUUAAUCCAACUAUUCCGGAAAAAGUAGCUACGAGGAUAUAAAUGUCGGAGAUGUCCAUUAAACACUGAACUUUUUUUGCAUUGUCUAGCAUUAAUUAGAUUACACUAGUUGGAAAAAGUUGCAGUACAGAUUUCAAAAAAGGAAAAAAAUUACUAUUUGAUUGAUUUGUUAUUUAACCUGUUAAAAAUCUGCUGAUAAAACGACGUUAUUGAAUUAUACAUUAUAUUAUUAUAAGUACCAAGAACGAAGCAAAGGUUCGAUAAUAAUCUGUUUGUGGAAUUGUUGUAUCGUAAUUAAAUAAAAUCAUUCGAAAAGUUCGCGUUUUGGCGAUUAAUAAAGAAAUAGUUUUAUAACAGUUUUACGUUUAAUGACAUAUAAAUAUACAUUGUUUAGUGCUUAACUUUUUGUCUUCUUUAUUAACAAUCAAAAUACUAAAAAAUAAAAAUUUAAAAAUAAUCUAAUAUUUGAAUAAUAGUACAGAGUCUAUUAUUUGAAUAGACUACUCCAACCAAAAAAAAAUUAAAGAAAAAAUGGAAGGACUUGCAGUAUAGAUUGGCCAUAAAUACUGAUAAUAUGUAAACUUUUAUCUGAGACUUGCAUCUUGCUUGCUUAUCACUAAUUUUUGUUUUUCAAUAAUCUGAACAUCGAUGCUUAGAAGUCACUGAAAUCCGCGAACAUAGAAUUAAAGAGCAUAGGCGCCCGACGGACAACCGGAAGAACAUGAAACAGAUAUGAUUUUUCUUCGCGAUUAUUGGAACUUCCUAAUCGACGCGUGUCGGCAAUCCGUCCCGGGAGGAAGGCAGGCGUACCUCGUGUCGGAGAGAAACGUAACUCCUUUAAGACGUAUACUGUACCAUACUAUUCGUAAGUGGCCCUAAGCAUUCCUAGAGUAAUUUUAACGAUUAGCACGGCCCCCCCUGGGACGGCCCGUGGGACCGAUCGUGCGAUCGGCACCGCGACGGGAAACGGUCGUUAUCCAGCAAAUGGUUUCCGGAUCGGUCCGACGGGUCGCGAGCGCGAAGGGCGCUCAUUGUAGAUAGGGUGUUUUCAUGUGUAGCUUAGGCGUGUAGAGAAUUUAGUCUUAGCGCGAGGAUGCGACGAAAAAUGAGUGUCAGGAGAAAAAGAAAGAGAGAAUGGAGUAAAGGUGUUUGCGUGCGUAUUACGUAUUUGUGUGCAAAGUAUGAGGUGUGCGCGUGAACUCGAGCAGGCGUGAUUUCGAGAAUGGAGAUGAAUAAUAACUACGAUGACUGUACGAUGACGACGAUGACAAUGAUGGAUGAGUGGAUGAACGAGGGAUGUCUGGCACUAGCGUAGAACGCGUUAGGUUAGAUAGAUAAGCGAUCCCCCCUCUCUCCCCCCCGCCCUCCUGUCGAAGACCGAAGGACACGGUUUCUCAUCGCUAGCAUGAUAGCGGAAUCGGAGAAGAUACAACGGAAUAGACCCGAGAGAAUCGCGGGAAUCGCACCCGGGAAAUCGGGGGGAGCGCUGUUGUUGUUCUUGUUGUCGUGCGCUUGUAUUAAAGUCGCCAUGUUCUAAUUAAACGUGCCGACGGGGUUGUAUCAGUCGUCGGCAAAAUCAA